UCUAAUCCUACUCAUCACACUUUACUUCUCUCCUUUUACCUCUUUUUUUCACCAAAUUACGCAAUUUCUACUCCUAGUUUCAAACAUUAAAAUUACAAUUUUAUUUAUUUUUGUUUAAAAUGAAAGGAUUAUAACUGUCAUCUUUGAAGAAUUUAAUCUUUCCUCUCGAGUCAAUCCAAAAGGCUUUCAACUCCCAACUUUUUAUUUUUUUUUUAAGAAAAAUUAUAUAAAUAAAAUAAAAACAAAAUUAGUGUUAUGUUUGCAAAAUGCAAUAACUAUUCACACCCCCUAUUUAUUCCUGCAACAACCUCUUCCACUUCAUUAGAAUAAUCCCACCCCUCAAUCAAUAACCUCUUCCUUCUGCAACCAAAACCAAACUUAGGAGAGAGAAAAUUAAUAUACUUACAAACACAAAAAUAUAGAUCCAAAUAUAUCAACUAAAAAGGUACAUACAAGGAGUACUAUAUAAAGGGUUGCUAAAAACCUAGCAACUACUUCAAGUGCAACUUCAUCAACAACAACUAUUUCAAGUUCUUUGUUGCUUUCUUUUAUAAUUUUCUUACAAAAAAAAAAAAAAAAAAUCAUCAUAAAAAAUGGCGUCGUCGAAUCGACACUGGCCGAGCAUGUUCAAGUCCAAGCCGUGCAAUAAUCAACCAUGGUCACAACAACAUGACUCCAAUCAUCACCAAUCGUCUCUUCUCUCCAAUUCAUGUGGCCGUUCAUCUUCGAGUAAUUCCCCUUUCUCUUCCGGUUGUGAAGAGAGGAGUCCGGAGCCAAAGCCGAGGUGGAACCCGAAACCGGAACAAAUUCGGAUCCUAGAGGCGAUAUUCAACUCGGGUAUGGUAAACCCGCCACGAGACGAGAUUCGGAGGAUCCGAGCACAACUCCAAGAGUAUGGUCAAGUUGGUGACGCCAACGUGUUCUAUUGGUUCCAAAACCGUAAGUCCCGAAGUAAGCAUAAGCAACGCACACUCCAAGCUAAAACCACUGCCGCCACCGCUGCCGCAGCCACCAACAAUAACGUCAUUACUAGUAUCCAUCACCACCACAGCCCGCCGCAACCAAUGCCAGCGUCCUCCUCCUCCUCCUCAUCCGAUAAGGCGUCACCUCGUAAGGUGCCGCCUUCUAGGUCAGGAGGAGGCUCAUCAUCUUAUGGUGGUAAUAGUAGUAGUAACAAUAGCAUUAACAACAACAACAAUAAUAAUAGUAACAAUACUAAUAAUGUUGUUGUUGAUCAAUUUGGAAAUUCUCCUACUAGUGUUAACCAAUGUAACCCUUAUUUCCACCAACUUAUUCCUCCUACUACUACUAAUAUUACUACUCAUAAAUUUGUCCCUCAAGAUCCUUUGUUCUUUCCCUUGCACCAAAGUGGUGGUGGUAAUAGUUUCAGUCAAGGGUUAUGCUUUGGACCAACUCACCACCACGACGAUGCAUCGGCUACAAUCAAUGUCCCGGCUAGCUCCGAUCAAGCCGUAGGCGGGUUCUCGUCUCUCUUGCUAGGUGAUAUGUUUGGUGGUGUUCAUUCUAAGAGAGAUCAUGAAGUUGAGAAGCUUAAGUUUCAACAAGAGUUGAGUUUCUUGGUCACUAAUCCUCCUAAUACUUCUACUUGUGCUGUUACUUCCUCUUCUCCUGUUGUUCCUACCGCGAUUUCGGGUAGUCUUGGUCAAUUGCUAGGUGUAGGUGAGUCUGCUGGACUUUCAGGGAAAUCAACGGUGUUUAUUAACGGGAUGGAAUUCGAGCUUCCGGUCGGACCGUUUAAUGUUAAGGAGGAGUUUGGGGAGGAUGCUGUGCUGGUUCAUUCUGGUUCCGGACACCCGGUUAUGACUAAUGAAUGGGGUGUUACGGUUCAUCCACUUCAACAUGGUGCGUCUUACUACCUUGUUGGUAGUGUUACCGCCUCUCCGUUGCUUCAUAAGCUCGAUUCUACCCCGGAUCUUCUUGCUCCGGGGUUUCCUUACCAGUGGAAUACAAUGAAUUGGACAUAGCUAGCUAGCUAAGUACUCCGUAGCUAUGAUGCGCCAUUUAUUUGAGAACAAUGUUUUUCUUCUCAUCUUGUGCAGAUCUAGAGGAGCUUUCCGACGCCGGCAACGAAUGAGGAUCAAUACUAGAAAGAUGGAAAGAAGUUCACCCCCUUCUGAACUAGUAUUAUUAGACUAUUAUAGAUUUAAUUUAGUUUUACAAGUUUCUUAUUAUAGCUAGUUUAUGUAAUUUGAGAUAAUUAUGUAUGGUUCAAUGAACUUUUUUCCCCUUGUGAGCUAGACAGCUAGUACAUAUAAUCUUGGUUAAUAAAGUGAUUACUACACUUU